UCAAAGGAAUUAUUCAAUUUAUGUUUGCCGUUUGUGUUACAACCUUCUCACAAUAUGGGAACGUACAACUUAGUUAUAGUAUUUUUAAUAGCUAUAUCGCACGUUACGUGUUUUAGCGUUGUAACAACUAACAAUACUGGAUCUAUUCAGUAUGCGUUAUGUACCACUGAUAAAUGUAUUAGUGCGNCUUCAGAGAUUUUAGCCAAUCUAAAUCGUACAGUUGACCCUUGUGAUAAUUUUUACAAAUUUGCUUGUGGCGGAUGGUUGCAACAUAACCAACCAAAUGAUUUGUUUCCAUAUAUUGAUAUUUUAAAUUUGAUCUCAAGAAAAGUGAGGGAUCAACUUCGAGAACUUGUAGAAAGACCCGCUAUAGAAAAUGAUAGUACGGCUUUGAUAAAAGCAAAACAUAUUUAUGCUCAAUGCAUCAAUAAUGAGGACAGUAACGUGGACGGAAGCUUACGCGCCAUUGUACAUAGGUACGCCGAAUGGCCAUUGGUUAUGCCUCAUCGCGAAUGGAACAAUACAAAUUUGACGUAACAAAAUGUUAGCAUGAUUUUGCAUGGAAAUGGAUUUAAUAAUGGCCUUUAUGAUAUAAUGGUAAAAAGAUCUAACAAAACGUCCACCAGUAGAAUUAUAGUUGCAGAUUAAUGAGCCUAACUUUUGUUUUCCAAGAGACGCCAUUCUUCCGUCUGACAAAACAGGUAGAUGGAAUGAAAUACACGCAUC